AAGAAAAUGUAGAGCAUAAGCGCAACCAGAUAUAGUCAACGAAAGACAACACAUUAUUCAAAUUCUUUGUCAUAUUAUGUAUGCAAGAUAAGGCUAUAAUGUUCUGCUGUACGGAAAUCCUGGGGAGAACCCUGCUAUACUUAGAAUUUGAGCACAAAAGGACUAAAAAAAACAUUUCGGUAGGGACACUCUUUACACACAGCAUCACGUUUGGCAUUUGAAUUUGGAGUGACAGGAGCAUGUGAGUCCUUCAUGCUGAUUUAAAUAUGCUAUUUUCGGUCUCCGGGUGCUGUCUGCGGCUCUUGUGAAAAGUGCCAUUUCAUUUACUUUCCAGACCUUAGAGUUGUAGGAAGGACUGCUGCUUUGCGACAGCUAUAGUCAGCAUGGGUUGCUGUUUUAGUAAAGAAAUGGAUCCAAACAAGCCCAAUGAAAGAACAAGGCUUUUACCAACCACUCCAGGAGAAGAAGCAGUUAAAGAAGGAAUAAGUGACCACGUCUCCCCAAUUGCAGAUCUUAACCGUGAGGAGCGGUGUGAGUUUGUGAAGCACAGUAAUAGGAUAGGGGUCUCUCUCGCUAGUGACCCAUCAUAUACUGACGGGAACCGCAGAGAGCAUGAGCAGGAUGGGCAUUUAUUAUGGAGUCUCCCCACUACAAAUCACGAGACGCAGAGUUUGUCUAUUAAUAAACCACUCACAAACACUGAGGGAAAUGGAAAAAAAAACAGCUCUUCCAGUGUUCAAAAUUUGAAAAGUUUUAUUGGAAUAAUGUUUACGGGGUCUGGGAACGGUGAUGCAGAGGAUGAAAAAUUGAUCAGAGAAGAUUUGACAACAGAAAGAUUUGGCAGCGAAAUUCUGGAGACUUUUAAUGAGGUGCCAGAGGACGAUAGCUGCCAUGCUAUUCCAGCAGUAAGCUCAGGAAAGUCACAUAUAACAACCACAAAUCAUACUCCCCUUAAACACAAGCUGACUUUAAAUCAGGAACUUGGAGAAACUGGUUUGCUACAUGUGAAAUGCUUGGAAAACAGCCAUAUACAUCUUGGAAAUUCAGGUAUAUUGCAACAUAAACUUGAAGGGGUAGUGGACAUGCUCUCUUCUAAUAUGGGAACGAAUGAAUUGAUCAAUAAAGAGAAACUAGACACAUUUGGAGAAGAAAAUAUGUGUUCUGUUGCUAUUUGCUUGGAACAAAGUAAGCUGAGGACACAAAGUUUUUAUAACAUUUGUUCAAUAGACCCUGAAGAUUUAGAAAGUGAUUGGAGGGAACCUGCUGCCGUCCAAGAAGACGUUGCAAUGGAUUUUAAUCAUUCAGCUGUUGCAGAAAAAGGAAUCUGCAAUGUGGCAUGGUCUCCAGGCACCAAGAGGGGGUUUUCAAUACUGCAGUCUGUAAAAACAGCAGCUGCCUGUGAGCCACAGCAGUUGGUGCUGUCAAUUCAAACCACAACGUCACAAAAUGCAGAAGGUCCACAGAAAGCCUUUGUUCCUGAUUUAUUAGAAAUGUUUUUGCACACUCAUUCUUCAGUUGGCCAUAGCUUAAAGGAAAGUAUCCCAACUGAGAAUCUGUGCAGUCCUCCUCUGUGUGAAAGGGUUUACGGUGAUGAAGAUGAAGCCUGUGGUAUGACCGGUGGUUCGUCUGAAAUUAGUUUUGGGUGCAUUGAUGCACCAAAAUGCUUAAAUACAGGCAGAGAAAUGGAGCAAGAACUAGAAAUUUGUAGCAGUCCAUGCACAGCAGAGCACCUUCAUGACUCUGCCCCUGACUUAUUGGAAUCAUUUGUAUCAGGAUCAGUGGUGACUUCAAUAAGAAAAGCCAAAAUGAGAGCAUCUUUUAGUAAUGAGGAAGCAACACAAAGUUUUGGCAAGUCUGGUGACACAGUAGAAAGUGAGUUGUUAAAUAAAGCACAAGAGACAAUCGGUCUAAAAUUUGAUCUGUGUGAUAAUUCAGAGGAUCUUGCUGAUAACAUCAGUCAGCACCUAAAUUCUAAAAAGCAAAAGCAUCUCUGUCACAGUAGUAACAAAUGUAUUUAUCAAAUCGAUACUGAACUGCUAGCCCCUGAUGAAAACUGUGAAAAUGUCAUGGAAACAAUAACACAGUUCUACCCCUUGGCAACACAGGAGCAUUUAGAUGAUAAAGGUAACAUCUGCCUGAAACAGGCUGAAGCAUUUGACACAGGCAGUGAUGUCAGCUCAGUUUCUGUGGCAGCAAGGUCAGAUGUGAGUAGGAGGGUAUUGCAUUAUAGCGCGACUGGAUUAUGGGAUAGGCCUACAUGUUUGCUUCAUUUAAGUGGAGAUCAUUUAGACACAGCAUUUGACAGAGGACAGGAUUCAAAAGAUUCUUCUGAUUGUGUAAUGCAGCAGAAUGUCUUGAUGAAAUAUGACAUGGGAAUCUUCCAGCAGGAGUCUGAAGCUGUCUUUAUAGCUGAAAAUAGAAGCAAGGUGUUAAAUGACAACAGGGACUUAAAUACCAAAUCCAGUGCACUCUCUUGUGUGCCAAACAGGCCUGCAGUACUGGAAAACUGCAAGAGUGUCUCUCCUCAGAAAAACUGGUCAGACCAUGGAUUGCAUGCUAUAGCUGCUGAACAGCAACUGCCUUGCAACGUCAUGCAAGUCUCCUCUGCUGAAUCCAAAUUGGGAGUCUGUGAUGCAGCUAAUGCUACGAGUGAUCAGCAAACAGAGAGUGGAGCUACAGAGGCUUUAGCAAAGUUAGAAUUGCAACACUUUUCAGGGGAGGGGACGGCUUGCUUUGAUGUCGGAGAACCAACUGGAAUUUGCCAUGUCGGUGCAGUCAAUAAUAUUUGGAGGGAAACAGACAUUGUUAAUAAAAAGCCGCUAGGACUAACACAAGGUGGAGCACAUGGUGUAGUGGAGACGGUACCUAUGAGGUCUGAAAACGCAGAUAAUUCAAAGGGCACUGCUAAUGGCGAUGGAGGCUGUAAUUCUGAGGAAGAUGUGUGCAGUGGAGUUGAUAUCCCAAAUGCCUCAAUGGUGGAUCCUGAUCAGCUUGACAUGUAUGCUUCUACGCCUUCAUACGAAAUGCAUCUGAUCACACUAAAGGCUGAACACAAGGAAACAGAACAUUGUGAGAGUGCUAAUUUAAAUGAUGAAGGCCUUCAUAAAAAUGAUAGCAUGGUAGAUUUCUUGGCAGACAUUUUGGAGGACCCCUUACAAAAUGAUAGUCAGGGUUUUUCAAAGGAAUUUUGCAGGUCACCAUGCGCCCAGGACCAACUGCACUGUGAAGAGCUGCUUGGGCAGUUUUGUGGAAAACAGUCCCCAGAAUGUCCGUUGGACUGCAUAUGGGAUUCUAGUUACUCUGAAAUACCUACAGAAGACAACAUGCAACAGAUGACUAAACCGUUUGUUGGACCGCCAGACUUGCAGGUUGCUGUGGCUUUUAUGUCGGCUUGUCCUUACAAUCUUAUGGUUUCAGACAAAUCUGGAUUAUGGGGUUGGCAGAACAAAAAUAAUGAAACUGAAUCUACCAAGGUUUCUGACCUUAACCCAAAUGCAAAAGUAUGGGCAAAUCCCAUGCUAAACUUGGAAUCCACUGGGGCCACCGAUAGCAGUGUUCACAAAACCUGGAAACAAACUUCAGAUAAAUCAGCUGAAACUUGUCUAGAAGGUUAUGAUGCCCACAGUGAUAAAGAUGAGCUGUAUCGGGAGGCUUUGUUGUCUGAACCCCAGGAGCCUCCAACAGCAUUAACAGAGCAAGCAGACAUGAACGCUGCUGUCGCUCUGGAGUGCCCAGACUCUGUUUACACUGAGUUUGAUUCUGUUCAGGAAGCCAGUCAAACGGGAGGAAAUGAUCCACCUCGGUCUCGGAGUCAGGAGGACCUUCGGGAACAUCUGAAAAAGACUCUUGAGUUCUGCUUAUCUCGUGAAAACCUUGCCAGCGACAUGUACCUAAUAUCUCAGAUGGACAGUGACCAGUAUGUGCCAAUAAUGACAGUAGCGAACCUCGAUCAUAUAAAGAAACUCAGCACUGAUAUGGAUUUGAUCGUCGACAUCUUAAGGACUUUGCCUUUAGUUCAAGUGGAUGAAAAGGGGGAGAAAGUCAGACCAAACCAGAAUCGCUGCAUUGUCAUUUUGCGAGAAGUUCCAGAGUCAACCCCAAUUGAGGAGGUGGAAGCUCUAUUUAAAGGAGAAAACCUACCCAGAUUCAUCAAUUGCGAGUUUGCUUACAAUGAUAACUGGUUUAUCACCUUUGAAUCUGAAGCUGAUGCACAACAGGCCUAUAGGUACCUUCGAGAAGAGGUGAAAACUUUUCAGGGAAAACCCAUCAAGGCAAGAAUUAAAGCAAAGGCAAUAGCCAUCAACACUUUUUUGCCAAAGAAUGGCUACAGACCAGUGGAUGUGAACCUGUAUGCUCAACAGCGCUACACAACAUCAUUUUACAUACCUCCAGUGUACAGCCCACAGCAACAAUUUCCACUAUAUAGCUUAAUUACUCCACAGACCUGGUCAACGUCACACAGUUUCCUUGAUCCAGCAUUGGUAUCGCCGUUUUCCAAUACUGGAUUUAUAAAUGGGUUUACUACAUCUCCCGGCUUUAAACCUGCUUCAUCUCCACUAACCAUCAGACCGUACUCUCCCAGAAAUAGGAAUCACAGUAAACCUCACUUGAGACCUACAGUACCUAAUAUAGACCGUGGACCAGGACUUCUUGACAGCCCAACUAUAUUUCACUUUCCCACUGAUCGGCUGCUGAAUGGUGUUCGCAGCCCUCAGACGCGGCCGGUUGGACAAAGCAGACCACGGUUACAGAGCAGCAUGGGCUACAAGAGAGACAUAGGGACUGGGAGAGAGGAGCCAAGCAGUGCAGACUGUUCAUCUAGUAUGGGAAGGGGAAGGAAAAAUGUAUAUGGAUAUAGGAAGAAAAGGGAAGACAAGUUUACGAGGGCACCAACACAGUCGCCUCCACCCCCAAAACCCCCUUCCCCUAGCUUCGAGCUGGGGCUGUCCAGUUUCCCUCCUUUGCCUGGAGCUGCAGGUCAUCUGAAGACUGAGGAGGCGUUUGAGAGCAGACUGUCCAAUAUUGUAAUAGGAUCUUCUAAAGACAAGAAUGUAAAUGCAGAUGCCAGUCCCAACACUAUCCCUUCAGGAAUCCCUCAAGAGCCACCACGGCCUAUUACUUCUGCACUGCCAGUGAGCUUUGCGGGCCCUCCUUCACCACCCCAAGCUCCAGACGAGGUGAAGGUCCAAGAUGCAAAUCCGAGAGAGACACACACUCCCCUUGAACGGCUAACUGCAGCUCUUAGCACUGCAAGUAAAUCGGUUCAGGUGAAUGGUGCUGCUACAGAGCUUCGAAAGCCUAGUUAUGCAGAAAUUUGCCAGAGGACGGCGAAAGACACUCCAACACUACAGACUCCUAAAGAAGUGAAGCCAAACAAUUCCAUUAUUGCCAAUGAAGACAAAAAAGCACCCGAAACCACAGGAGAGAAAAUGGAGUCUAAACUCAGAGAGACUCUCCCAGCUAAGGCAGUCCCCGGUCGACCAAGAGAGGCAAGGAAACAAUCGGGGUGUCGGCCAUCGCCACCACCACCACUGAUCCAGGGGGCUGGAAAACACCCCAACAAAGAUUUCGGCACACCCCCCAAAUCCCCCCAGUAAACACGAGGUUUAUGAGGCUUAAAUUAGUCUGUGCUUUUCGGAUGUUUAUCCCAGAGUCACCAAUCACAGCAUAGAGGAUGAAUUGCUGGUACAGGGCUUGCAGACAAAAGCAGUUUUCGAAUGUUGAGAACCCCCCCCCCCCAUUUCUUUUGUGUCUACCAGAACUAGCUCGUUUUGUAGAGAUGGCAUUGGAAAUGACUAAUCUGUCAAAGAAGCACUUGAAUGCUGGCAAAAGGAUUAGUUUUUAGCCAGAGGAAUGACAACUUUUAGAAAGAGUUUAAUAAUAAUUUAUUAUAUCUGGAUGUCAUGAUAUGAAAGUGAACUAAAAAUAGAUUGGGUCCAGUGUUGGUUAAUGCAGUGCUCGACUUACCUGAUUUUUGUUUUCUUUGUAUUGCUAUAUUUAGUCUUCUAAUGUAAUUUGUGUAAGCAACUAGGGUGCCGUGAAUUACCAUACUGGUCAGGUUAUCUGUUUUAAAUUGCUUUAAUUUGCGAGGUGGAAUGUUAGAGCCAUUUUGGCUAAUGAGAUCGAAGUAUUGAGUAACCUGAAAGAUUAAGUUUUUCACCAAGUGAUUUUAGAGUUUGUUGAGCAGCACAAGUAAAGAUGUUGCCCACAAGUUUUCUGUUUUAACACCAGCCUUUUUUUUUUUUUUUUAAUUUAUUUUUUUAUAUAUAUAAUUACAAGCAUUGUGGUGUUAUAGCUGGAAUAAACGCUGCCCCUUUUGGUUCUUUUUGCCUCUCUGCAUAGUUGUUGUUGAGCACCUUACUUGGUAGAUUACUUUUUGGUUUAGUUUAUGCUGAAGAAUGCAAGCAAAUACCUGUCUGUGUAGUGCCAAGGUAACUAGUUAUAACUAAUACAAAGUACACAAUGGCAGUACUGCCACACGGAGAGGUUAUAAUUAGAGGCAGUAGAAAUCCACAGACAGCACACAGAAGACGUGUCAAAUAGAUUCAGAUGUGCCUGUGGAUUUAUGAUAAAAAAGUGACACUUUAUUUGCCUGCUGUGCCUGUAUACAUCACUUGCUGAUUGUAAUAGUCUUAACACAUUUGCAUCUUUGAUUGGCAGGCAUAGAUUCUGUAGGCAGCAAUACGUACUGUAUGAAGUUAGCAUGUACUGUUCUGUCCUGUGUCCUAUAAAACACUAAAGGAGGGAUUUUUUUUUCUUUAAGCCCAGUUGAAUUCUGUUAUCUGGUUCAGAACCUAGCGCUUUAUUGCAAGCAUUGUUUUUUUAAAUAUUAGUUUUACCCUGCAAUGUGUAGAAAUAUAUAUUUGGGUAUAUUACCUAUAUCUUUG